GCUGCCUUCCAAAGAGACUGCAUGAAGCUUUGGUAGGACAGCUAGACACAAGCCACAACAGUGCAUAUGCAAUGCUUCUGUAAUGAACACUGGCUUCUGGGGAAGUGUGAGGUAGGAGUGAGCUGGUGCUCCUGGGGAAAGGCAGGGUGGGGAGCAGAGUAGGAGGAGGGGACAGCGUGGGCAUCGCUGCUGGCUACAGUUAAAUCCCCAGGCAGGUGGCCUGAUACAAUUCCAGUCCUGAGAGGCAAGGGGGCUAGGAGACAAUGGCUGGGCCCUGGAGGGCCCUGCAGCUCCUGCUGGCCAUUCUGGUAGUGCUGGUGGCUUUCAGUGACCAAUUCAGGAAGAGGACCUUCAUCAAGGUGAGUGAGGAGACGGCGGUGCACCAGUUCGUGCCUGAGACCCUGUAUUUCCUCAAUGACCAGUACAACCGGGACAGCGAUGACAUACACAGCUUCCGGAUAUUUCGGGUGCUCCAGGUACAGAGUCAGGUGACCGACCACCUGGAAUAUCACAUCCUUGUGGAGAUGUGGAGAACCAAGUGCCUGAAGCCAAAGUUCAGCAGCUGUGCCCCUCAGGAGGGGGCCCAGUACAAGGAAAUCAAUUGCUACUUCUCCGUGUCUGUGAACCCCUGGGCUGAAAAGUACAAGAUCUUGAAGAAGCAUUGUGAGGACAGCACUUUCCCUGCGGCUGCUUCCUGGGCGGAUCCCCAAACGCCCAGUGCACAGUAAAGGCUACCGACCUCUCUCCCGAUGAUCUUCUUGCUGUGGUUCCACUCUUUUGCUUUUUUCUCCAUUCUCCAGCUUAUAAUACUACAAUGUGGGUGUCUGCUGGGCUAGCAUAGUUUGGGGAUCCAAAUGAGUCUUUGGAGUUCAAAGUAAGAUGGAGAAGAAUAGGGAAGGGCUCAAGCCAGCAGACUCAAGAGAAUUCACAGGGGAGUCUCUCAGGAGCUUGUGAGGAGAGACCCCACUCUUCAGUCCAAGUGGAAAACAACACGGGGGGAGGGAGGGAGAGAGAAGAAAAAAAAGAAA